UCAAGCAAGCUGGCGGCUGGGAGCGCCGCGCCGCGCCCUGGAGGACACCGUCAGCACCGCGAGCAUGCACCACCUGCCCCCGGAGUGGGCGGAGAAGGCGCGCCUGGAGCUUAACGAGGACCCCCUGCAGACGCCGGCCCGCCUGGAGGAGCUGCGGCAGCGCCUGCAAGAAGCGGGGCUGCCCGGCCAUGGCGACCUGUGCAUGGACGACGCCUUCUACCUCACCUUCCUGCGCGCGCGCAAGUUCGACGUGGAGAAGACCGUGAAGCUGGUGCGCCGCUACUGCGAGAUGCGGCGGCGCUACCCGGACGUGUGCCGCUUCGCUGCCGCCUCCAAGCACCGCCGCUUCCACGAGACGCGCGCCGUCACCGUCACCCUGGACAGGAGCCACUUCGAGGCCCCCGUCAUCAUCGCCAAAAUCGACUACUUUGACCUGAGCCACAUCACCACCAUGUACGUGGUGAGGCAGUACUACACCGUGCUGGAGACGUGCGCGCUGGACCCCAUGACCCAGGUGUCCGGGCUGCACCUCAUCCUGGACCUGCAGGGCAUCAACCUCAAGCACGUCCGCAUGAUCACGCCCACCUUCGUCAGCACCGUGGUCAGCCUCACGCAGGAGAGCUACCCGAUGCGGUGCCGGGGCGUGCACGUAGUAAACCAACCCUUCGGCUUCGAGGCCAUCUACGCCCUCUUCAAGCCGUUCCUCGCCGAGAAGCUCCGCAGGAAGGUGCACGUCCACGGCUCGGACUGGCGCGGCCUGCACGAGCACAUCCCGGCCGCCGUGCUGCCCCACCUGUACGGCGGCCGCCGGCAGGGCAUCGACAACGGGCCCUGGCUCAAGCGCCUGGAGGCCGUGGAGGAGGCCAUGCUGGCCUGCCCGCACCACGGUUGCUGACGCCGGCCCCACCGGCCUCAACGGCCUCAACGGUCACACUGCAGCCAACCCAAGGAACCCCGCGCACCGCCUCCAAAAUCAAAACACUCGAUGAUUGAUGAUAUACCACUCUGUACGUAACAACAUAGUUCAUGUUCUCUGACGCGACAUGCCAUGUUUUAAUUAUUUUUAAGGUUUAAAAAAAUAAUGUACGUGUUAAGAAUAGUUUGUAUAUUCUAGUGACUAAUAUGAAGAUCUUGUAUAUGUAUUAUAGUAAGAUGGGAAAUGAGGAAAAAUAUAAACGCACUACCACUA